AUGGACCAAAAAGAGAUGAAUCUGGAGCUCAAAUCUCAGGUCAUCGACCGGUCAUAUGUAGACCAGAAGAAGCUGGUACAGAAGCUAAAGAAUCGAUACGGGCAAGGCCCAGACGGCAAAAACAACUUUAAGAUACAGUUGCGACUGAAUCGCUACACGAUAAUGUUCCCGGCAAAUGCCGAGACCUUAACAGAGGGCGAAAUCAACGAAGUCUGCCUUGUCUGA